AUCAAUUUGAAUUUGUUCAACAGAUGACAUUCAAUCUAAACCUGAACAGGACUAGGCCUGAUAUUUCACUUUUCUCAAGAGGACUCAAUAGAGUUCUAUUGGUUAUAUAGCAUGCCAUUUUGACCCACAGGUCAGAAGACGGUUCGAGAUUAAGAAAGUUAACACCAUUGCAACUCUUUUGCUUUUAAGACACUGGCCCUAGCAUGACUUGGAGGAGCUCUACACUGAAUUGGUUCUCUGGGACAACCCAAGACAGCACUGGCCACAUCCUCAUCGAUCAAGACUUGACCUCAACCGGGCGGAGUGUGUGAGUUUGAGGUUCAUCACAGCUUGAGUGCAGUGUCGUAAAGGGCAUUGGAAGGGUGUCAGGGGUUGUCAGCCAUAGUUCCCACUAUAGUUGUUCCAAAGAUGAGCAAGAGUAAGAAGAAAUUUGAAAUCACCAUGCCCGAACAUACACCAUCCCCAGCUCCUGAACGUGCCAUCUAUGGUUUUGUCCUCUAUCUAGGAUCAAUUGUCUCAUUUGGUAUCUACCUGGUGUGGGCAUACAUCCCGGACAGCUGGCUCCAUGCGAUCGGCCUAACUUAUUGGCCACAGAAGUACUGGGCCAUUGCUGCUCCUACAUACUUCUGGGUGGCAUUUGUCUUUUUAUUGAUCUUCUACUUCGCUUACAACAUGACAAUCACAGCUCCACUCAACUCUAUGCUUACAUUAAAAGAUCAAUACAGCAAAGAAGUAGGAACCUCGCCACUGCCUGAAGGAGCUGUUCCAGCAAUUGGAGACAUGGAUAUAUCAGUGGUCAACCAGAUACUUUAUGGGAAGAGGUGAUGACAGAACUGUCCCUGAAAGAUGUCAUCCUGCGACUGCAAUAAAAUCAAUCUCUCAGUCAACUUUCGCCUUUGUGGGAAAGACUACCUCGAGAGUCUACUGUCCUAUGUGCUGUUGAUACUGUGUCAGAUGACAAGACAUUUUGCCAUUUCGGGACUCCUUCAAACCCAGUUUUAGUCGGUCCUGUUCAAAGGAUUUUGAUUUCUAGUUGGUGCAUGAUACUGCCAACUGAAGCAAACGAGAAGUCAAACUGCUGCAUUUAUACAAGGUUUCUUUGACUUUUGUUUAUGUUUGAUAAUAUAUUUCUAAAA